AUGUUGGUGUGUCGGCGGUUGCUGCUGAUCGCAGCCGCGAUCGCGGCCUCGAUCGAGGCUGGCUCGGCUAGUUACCACCCCGGCGUCUCGUCGUCGGACUACUCCGGAUACCCGAGCGGAUACGCGGUUUACUCCGGCGCGACGUCACCCGAGUCCUCGCCGCCGCCGUCGUCGAGCUCGUCCACGUCCGGCCCGACAUCGGAGCCCGCAGCCAGCAACGGCGAGCCGCUCUGCCGACCGUCCGAGUUCCAAUGCGGCUCCACCGGACAUUGCGUCGCGCAGGACAAGUACUGCGACGGCGAGAAUGACUGCGACGACAAGUCUGACGAGCCGAGAUAUUGCACCCCCUGCAAUCGGACGUUGUACGGUGACGUCGGCCGGACCUACAGAGUGGAGAUCCGCCGGCCGAGGGAGGAUCGACUGCCAUUCCUGUGUCACCUCAACUUCACUGCCGCCGGAUCCGAUCUCGGGGAUCUAGUCCAGUUAACUUUUGAUACCUUCACGGUCGGCCGCUUUCUAUCCUUUACGUCGGAAGGAUGUCCAGAUGGUUUCAUGACUAUUCGCGAGGAAGGUCGUCCUGCGACGGGAGGACAAUGGUGCGGCAGCGCGUGGGGCUACACCGUCUAUUACAGCGAAACUCCUUCCAUCAAUCUGACUUUAUAUUUACUACGUUUAUCAGAGCAGGGUAUCGGCUACAACUUCGACUUCAAGCUGUCGUACAAGUUCCUGAGAAGAAGCGAGGCGCAUCUCCGAUACGGAAACAGCAGUAUGUCCACAUGGCGCGGCGAGCUGGUGAACGGCACGUAUUGCGAUCGCGUCCUCACCAAAUGCGAUACUAGAGCCUGCCGGUUGCAGUCGCCGAAUUAUCCCGGAGUUUACCCCAGGAAUGUCACUUGCUAUUAUCGGGUGGAGCAAAACCGCGCGCCGGUGGGUCACCGAGCACUGCUGGCCGUUAGUCAGCGGAACAGUCACAAGAUACACAUUAAGGACCAGGUCGUGAAGUACGACAGAAGUCAGCGAGUGCUAAGGGUGUGGGAUCAGUGCAACGUCGUGCAGGAUUACUUAACGGUAUAUGACGGAGGUUCAACCUCAGACCGAGUGCUUGUAAGGCUGUGCGGAGGAGACGCGGUACCAGACAUCAUCAGCAGUCACAAUACGAUGUUGUUAGAAUUCCAUACGUCCCCGUACGACAAUCCAUUUCAUCCAGUACCACUGUCUUUCCUACCAGGAUUUGAGCUCGAAGUUCAGGUGAUCUUUGUCGACGAGAAGUCUCGAAGUUUUGUGAAGGAAAACGACAACUGCGAUUUUUAUAUAUCCGGUGACGAGAACUCGUCGGGCAUUCUGGAAAAUCCGAAACACUCCCUACCGCCGAACACAACUUGCCGUUAUCACUUCCAAGGGAAACUCAAUGAGAUCGUUUGGUUAUCGUUCGUUAAAUAUUACGCCGCCAGCGUGGAAGCUGCCGCGAGUAUCGACACUGCCACUGAUUGCAAUGCAAAGCUUCUGAUAUGGGAUGGCGAUAUCACAGUGGACAAACUUACUUUCAGCCGAAAAAACGUCACGCUGAUGGGACAGUUUUGUAAGGACGACAUACCGCGACUCUGCGACCACAGCCUGCUGCGCAACAGCAGCCGCCACACGCGGCCGUGUAGCCUCGCGGAGAGUUACGUGUCGACCGGCCGCGAUCUCACCCUGGAACACAUAUUGCGCCAGGGUAGCGCGCUAUAUCCGAUAAGUUUCGUGCUGCGCUAUGAGUUCGUCCACGAGGCCAUCUCGUGCAACCACGUGUUUGCCUCAGUGCCGUCGGCCUCAUCCACGUCUUCCACGUCGUCCUUAUCGUCCUCCUCCUCCUCUUCCGCCUCCUCCUCCUCAUCCGCAUCCUCCUCAUCUUCCUUAUCGUCCAACGCCGGCAAGUUCGCGUCGCCGAAGAACGUGUUCUUCUACGGUCGCGGCGGGGCGCAGAAUCUGAGCUGCGUGUACAGAUUCGAGGCCGAGCCUGAUCACAGGAUAGAGCUGUCCAUCGUCAGGGCUUCCUUCGGCGGCAAGAGCUGCGCGUCUUACGUGGACCCGUUGGUGAAUCGAUGGACGUGCGACCGUCGCAUGGCGGACGUUAGAAAGUUCGGCAUGGCGGAUCUUGUCGUCGCUGAAUAUCCUUGGCAAGGAGUUGAAUUGGUUCGCGAUUGUCUGUGCUCGAACGUGAGCAACAGAAUCGUCGUGCGGACUCUGACGUCGAACGUGGUGGAGGUCAGAUUUACUAUCACGCUCAUGAACGUUACCCAGGAUUAUCGGGACUUCUUCUUCGAGGGGGAAUAUCGUUUCGUCCCGGUGGGCGCGGAGUCGAGCGAACACGGAUGCUCGAGACUUGAGGAGCGACGAUUGCGCGGCACCAGCGGCGAGAUUUCUCUCCGGAGUCCCCUGCCGCGGGUGAUCCCCGGUCUGGCCGCGGUGGAGGAGAUCCUGACGAACACGGAGGACCUCACGGCGACGCAAUGCGUAAACGAGCCGUGGCUGAUCGAGCCCGAGGACGCGCGCAUCAACUUCCUCUACUUGAGAACCGCCGGCUUCGGCAUCACCCUGGACAACGUCGAGGAGUGCACGACGCUGAACCGAAUCGUCGUCUACUCGGCCGCGAACACGAAGGAGCGCAGCGUGAUCUGUCCGGAGGGUGGUGACGACACGGUCAGGACCGUCGACUUCUUCUCGGGUGGCUGGAAUUACAGCGCCGUGAACGCGAGCGUGGCGAUGGCGCAGCACGCCCGCAGCUUCGUCGUGGAGUUCCUCCAGCGGGAGUCCGGUUUCUACGCCGUCACGUGGAUCGCGAUCUCCAAACGUUCGCCAACCGCGUCCAAUUUGGGCGCCAAUGCGUUUGCCGUAUUGCCCACGGAAGAUUGCCCGUACAGGUGUCCAGAGAUUCAGGCGUGCAUCAGCUCUGUCCUGUGGUGCGACGGCGUGCGUCACUGUCCCUCGGGCUUCGACGAGGAGGAGGCCAAUUGCUCGUAUCGCUUCGGGGUGACGCUGCUCUACGUCGCGGUGGGCGCCGGUGCCCUCGGUAUAUUCCUGAUCCUUCUGCUGGCCACUGGUUGUCUCAAGUAUUGCCUCUACCGGCACAAGGCGCGCAAGAAGAAGAAGAACGUCGCCCUGAACGUCAAUCAUCUCCACGUGAAUCACACCCAUCACAACAACGGCUUGACCGGGAGCCGGCUGAGCGGACGGUACAACCUAGCUACGCCCCAGGAAAUGUACCUGGAGAAUUACGGGAAGGACAGUAUUUGUUGACAAUACGCCAUCGCCAAUAUCGAGACCACCGUGUGAAUAGUCAUGAUUUUUAAAUGCCUACCUCGCUCUGGGCCCCACCCCCACCCCCUUUCCCACUCCUCCAGUUGCCAUCAAUCCCCUGAAUAACGGACCGGAGUGUACGGCAGCCAAAACACUCCCAUCCCGAAGGCACACAUACACGUACACGUACACACAUGCGCACGUGCCUACACACGUGCGCACAUACACACGUAUACAUACUCUCGCAGUAAUCGUACGAAAUCCCGUAGAAUAUAUCCGAAGCGCAUAGAAGCGAGCGCACGAGACGUGCUCGGUAGCCACCUUGGCUGGUGGCGAACGUAGUCGAAUUCUAUUCCUCUAAUCGAAUCAUAACGAUCGGCUUGCCUUGAAUAAGCGGAUCGCGACUCGGCUCAUUAGACCGGGAGGGUUGGAUGACAGCCGCCGUCGCUUGUCGCGCGCGAGAAUGAAUAUCCGCACGGGACCGCCUGCAAUCCUCCAGAAAGGAGUCGCGACGAGAGGUAUAUAUAUAUAUAAAAACGCACCUCGUACGCUCGUGUAUAUGGCAUUUACGAUAAACACCGCAGUAUCAUGGUAGGUUUAGAUACACACAAUUUAGGAGUAAAAAAAAAAUGAAGAAAAAAGCGAAAAAGAUGUAACGCGCGCGAGUGGACGAAGAGCGGCGAAAAUUGGCAUUUACGCGAUACGCAACGCUUCUAAAGAGAGACGUAGGAUACGCUGUUUCCGUUGAGUGCACUUUCUGUCGGUUAUCGAGCAAACGUCGUAAACGCGAGCACGACGAUAAAAGUAACGAGAUGAAGGGAAAAGAGAAUAGGAAAAACAUCGCAAGAUGGUCACGAGCCCUAGAGCGCGCGAGAGAAGCGUUUCAGAGGGUAGUUUUUUGUGUGAAUGACGAUGCGAUAGGGACGGGCAGGGAUACGUGAGGACACGCCAAGAGUCGCGACACCGUGAAACGAUAUUCGCUGAUGUGCCGGGAGUACGUACGAUGUAAGUCGAAAUGUACUUGCUUGUACUCCUCUGAUCUUGAUUGCGAUGCGUUCCGACGACUCGCGCUUAUCGACGACACCACAUUCUUGUGAUACGAGAUCAGGGAGAAAAUAAAUUGAUGAAGAGAUAGUCGUGAUUAAGGAGGACGUACACCGUUGACGUUCGUGCAAGAUCUAUCUAUCGUUAUAAUCGGACUCACGCACUUCACAUCCUCGUCCAGCCUGAUUUUCUCGUUGGAUCACCUUCUAUGAUUGGACCUACGGCCGGACUAGCCGUUAGAAUAUUACGUUGCCGCGUUCUAAAAUAUAGGAUGAUUGAUUUUUAUUAUUAAAGAUAUAUUAACUUGAAAUUCUCAUCACAUCAAAAUUUGACUGAUUGAAUAUUAAGAUCAUCGUACAUUAGCAAUGUGACAUCGUGACAGUUUGAUCAGGACCAAAUUAUUGGCUUUAGUGAAUUUUAUGAAAAACUCGAUAUAAACCAGAUAUGAACCAGAUAUGAAUCUAUUCCUAUUUCACAAAAUAUCUUUUAAUUGUCUGAUUGUCAUUACCUGCAAAUCUGGUCAGCAUUCUUAUAAUGCAUUUUAUUGCAUUAUUGUAUAAUACAUUAAUAAUUUCUCACUUAAUUGAUAUUGACAUAUUUGCGCAUUACGACCGAAUCGCUGAUCUCGCUCCACUUUAUGUCGUUCCAACAUUUAUUUGUUUUAUAGGCAUUAUCCGUAUAUCCGCGUGAUUCUCGAUUCUUUGAACUUACAUAGGUGAUUUAUGAAAGACGGCACGAUAUGUAGAUAAUUUACUUGUAUAAUCUAGGUUCGGUAUCGAUACGCGCUUGAAUGAGACGUAGAUGCCCACGUGUAACUAAUUGAAUGCUACAGGAGCGUGUACCCCCGUAAUCCUGUUAAGCAAAUGAAACGUUAAGCAAAUGGACGCAGUCUCCACGCGUUAGCCUAUUAUAGACACUGUAUGGUAAAGCACGUUUAACGUACGUCUGUAUGCUGUGAUAGAAGUAAGCGUAUCAACAAUCGGAAAUUAAUCUCUCGCGUAAAAUUUCACGUUCGCAUAUUGCGCAUCUUCGAGGACCCGUCGCCGAAGAUGGAUCCACGACCUUUCGGCGCAAUCUUUCAUGGCGAGAUCGAUAUCUUAACGCGGCCCACCGUCUAAUUCCUAGAUCACCAAUCGAAUCAAAAAGACAUGCGCUGUGCUGUCCAAGCCCGGGGUUGCAAACUCACCCGAUUUUUUUAACGUAAUAUACGUAUAUAACUAUGAAAUUUGAGAGAAAUUGAUUAAAAGCAGACUUAAUGGUAAGUCAUCGGACAGAAAAGCGACAUAAGUCGACAAAAUAUAAGAAUUAUUGUAUUAUAUUUAGGAAGACAUAAUCAAAUUAGAAUGAAGAAAAAUUUUAUAUACUUGCCUUUUAGAAACGUAGAAAAUGAUCACAAUAAAAAGUGACUCGAUUUUAUAUUAUAUUCGUAAUCUUUCAUAUCUCUUUCGAAUGAAAAAAAUUUCCUAGCUCUGUUAUUUUAAACGACAGCUAAUUGCAGUACUGCAAUUGCAGACUCUCACGUAAGAACGAUAAUUAAAUAAGGAUUGCGCUUGGAAUUUUUGAUGUUUUUUUAGUAGUGUUAAUUGCGGUAUUUUGAUACGGUAUUUUCGCGAACUUGUGUACACUUCCUGCCAUAGAGAGUUUGAAAAUUCCCGCAGAGACGUCGGUCGCGUUAAGAUAUUUUUUCGCCAGUCUCAUAAAUUGCUCCGCAAAUAAUUCACUACCUAAGGACAUCGCCUACCAACGAAUACUGCCGCAGUUAUUAUUUAUUCAUAAAGUUUUAUAAGUCUCUUUCUACCCGAAUACGAAAAAAAAAAAAAGGAAAACUGUUCGAGUAUAUGACGUUCUUGUACGCUGUAAGACACGGCGAGAUCCGAUAACGAAGUAAUGUACUAGCGAAUAACGUAGCGUGUGUCAGAAGCGAAAAAACUGUGCACCCGCCCGGGCACCCCGAUGUGUGUGUUAAUUGCGCCGAUUGUCACAUUAAAAACACAUGUUAAAAAAUUUACUCUAACAUAUCGAAAGUUCGAAAUUAAUUUAAGCGCGCGCCACCAUCCAUCAAACUAUCUAGAAGAGAGUAAGGUAGCGAAAUCAUUUUUCUUGUUUUUUUUUUCUACCGAACAGCCGAGGCGAACUUCCUUUCAAAAAGAAAUUUUCCCCGAUUCUAUCCCUUUAUAUAAAGUUCCGUCAAGAGAAAAAAAAAGAGGAAAAAAAAGAAGAGGAAGCGUUUCACACGAAAUUUUUUAUAUACCCUCGAGUCGGUGGUUUUCUCUCGCGGUUCACGAUAAAUCUGUCUAUAAAUAAGUAAACGCGUAAGUCCUUCGACGACGGAAACCGACGUAAUAAACAUUGUGGGACGCAUCGUUUUCUAUUCACAAGAGGGACGACGAUUUAUGUAUAUUAUUCCCCCCCCCCUCCCCCCCCCUUCUACCCCGCACCGAAACGUUAAUGUGAUCCGGUCUUUUGAAAGCACCCCACGGAAAAGUCGUUCCUGUCAUCGCCGAGGCGGAUCAGCAUCGCGAAUUAAUUUCUCCGGGCGGAUAUGAAUCUAUAAAUCACUGCGGAGCGUGUAGUCAACAUGGGAUUUAUAUUAUACGGUACGACUCGACUCCACGUCGCGCUCAAUUGAGAAUGCGUCCUACGAUUAUGAAAACUAUAGUACUAUGCAUGUAUGUAAGAACGUACCGAAAAAAAAACAAAAAAAAAGGAAAAAAAAUGCCGUAGCACAAACUGGCUCGCACACACGUAGCUAAAAAAAAAAGUGGAUGGUAAAAGAGUUUUGAAUCAAAGAGGCCUUGAUUCAACGACGUUUCUAAGCAAGUAUUACGCGUUACACGAUGUAUUGUAAUCCCGUGUUUAUAAUUUUAAUAAAAUACCAUCGCGUUAAAGAAACCCAGCAGAA